AAAACAAGCCACCUCCAGCGGGUGCGCGAGAGACAGGUGGAUUCAGCAUCACAGACUACACCGCUUUCCCUUCUUCUUCAUCUCACUUUUGCCUUUGCCUGCCUGAAGUUCACUGUAGAUGUCUUUGUAUAUUGGGCCUUUGUCACCUCGCAUUCGGAAAGAUGAACUUGAGCAUGUUUUUCGAAGGUUUGGAAGAUGUAAUGUACGAAUGAAAGAUGGUUUUGGAUUUAUUAUCUUUGACUUCGCUCCAGAUGCUGGGAAAGCUUUGAGAGCUCUGCAAGGAAGGAACAUAUGUGGGCAGCCAUUAACUCUUUCAUGGUCAAAUAAACAGCCGAGAAGUUUCAAAAGAUUUGCAAGCUUUGAUCGAUCCAAUGGCUAUGGGCCACCACGAGGCCGAGAUUCCAUGAGAGGAGGAGGUUAUGGUAACAGAAAGAAGGGCUUAAAUGGUCAGAGAGAUUACAAGAUGGGUAUUAGAAUGGAAGAAAGUGAAGAAAGAAGACUUCAUUCUGCUGGCUUGCUUAACGAAGAGACAGACUACCAUCAAGUUGAUGGUAAAGAAUGCAUCAAGGAAGAGCAUCCUGAUUACCAGGAAGAUUUGCUGAAUGGAGGUGAUCAUGUUGAAGCCAACACAGUCUACAAUGAUAGGUGGGAUGGGAGACUUAAUGACCUAUCAAAUGGCAAUGGUGUCGGACAUGAUUUGGAAUUUGACCGCUAUGAUCCAUACAAGGCUUAUGAAGGAAAAGAUAAAAAUGAAAACCAUUAUCAUGCUGAUUCAGGUGGCUCUUCAGCUCUACAUGGGUCUCAAGAGAAAAUUGGGAGACCACUGAGUGGUGAAGAAACUUUGAAGCCCCCUGAUAGUAAAAAAUCCUGGCAAACUUGCUAUAGAUGUGGUGGCUUGGGUCACAAAAAGCGAGAUUGUCCCUAUAAAACCAGGCCAGGAAGAAAGUUAAACAGGUUCCGGAGCAGGGAUGAUGAUGACAUUGAUAGAAGAGGUAGAGAAGAUGACCUGGAAAGAUUUGGAUGCAGUCCUCGGGGAAAGCUGCAUUCAAAUAGGGACACUCGAUCAAUGGGGCAACUCGAGAAUGAUAGAAAAACAUCUGGUUCAGGAGAGCAUGGGAGGUUGAUAGGGAGUGGAAGUUCCCUUGUUGGAGAAAAGGCUGACAGGGCUUGGAGGGAGGAUGAUGGAGAAAAGAAGCGGGAUAGGAGUGCAACCCCAAUAAGACACACUGCAAAAAGAGCAAGAAGGUUUGGUUCAUCUCCAUCUGAUUGUAUUGCAUCUAGAUCAAACUCAAAAUCUAAAUCCCUGAAGCACGAGCCACACUCUGGUUCACACUUUAGAUUGAGAUCAGUAUUAUCCAGAUCUCGGUCAUCAUCAUCUCUUUCCAAAUCCCAUCUGCCAUCACACUGCUCUCAAUCCAGAAGUUAUAAGUCCAGCUCAAAGUCUUGUUCAUCUGUUUCUUUAUCAGUAUCCCCUGAUAAGCAUUUACCAUCACACCCAAAGAAGAUGCAGUUGAAUCUGGAAGGCAAUCUGGAGAAUUCUAUCCAUGCGGAAUCCAAGGAGAUUAUGGUUGAAAAGGGACAACCAGUAGAAGAUAAUGAGAAAUUAGAGAAUGAUGAACUUCAAAAUGGGUUUGGGACAGUAAAUAAUGGAAAUGUUGCCUCUCUUGCCAGAGUAGAAGGUGAAGUCAAGAGGAAUGAGCCUAAACAGAAGGAUAAUAUUGAGAAUAAUUUGACAACCAGGUCCAUGCAUGAACCUCCAAAUCUGAGCAUACCAUUGUCAGAGAAAGGUGUGCGUACUACUGAGAGUAUAUCUCCACAGUGCUUGAGGGAGACAAAGGGCUGUGAAGAUUUUGAUGCAUUCAUGAGGAAAGAUAUGGCAGUACCAACUAAUAAACUAGAUACAGAGCUUCCUGCCAGUUUCCGCUCCCUCGAUUCAACCAGUAUGUCCUCAGAGGAGAUGUGCAUGGUUCUGGAUCAUUAUGGCCUAGAACUUCCGGAUGAAAAUGAGAAGCACUUAUCUGUGCAGACUUACUUUGGCUCUGCUCGCUUGUGGCCGUGGGAGAUUGUCUAUUAUAGGAGGUUGAAGAAGGGUCCUAUUUCAACUAAGAAUUAUGCCAGGCGUGUUGCUCAGAACAAGGAAUUUGGUAUUGUUGACAAAUAUAUAAGAAGCAGUAGUGGGUGGGCAGAACUCAAUCAUCCUGAAGAAUAUUUGUAAAUGAUGUGCCAACUUACUUUUUGUUGCAAAGAAACUGAAACUCUGGAAAUAUCUUGCUUUUUGUCAUUCACAAGAUUCAGAUUUUUCAUGAAAAAAGAUAUGGACAGGCUGGCUGUUUGCCAUGGUAGAAAGAAAAGCAGUAGCCCUUUGGCCAUCAUCUUCCAUCUACCCUGUUUUCUCUUUUCUAACUGUCACCGGCAGCGAACUUUAUGUCCCACCUCCACCCCGGUGACUUAGUCUCACAGGUUGGCUGGCAAGCCUUCCAUUCAUGGGAUUGUAGGAGGUAUCAUCUUCCUCUUCUCUUUCACAAGGAGAAUUCAUUUCGUGGCCCUCAGUUGUUAAGUAUUAAGUUGUAGAAGUUGUACUUUGGACUAACUGUUUGUAUGGACUUAAAAUUCAGCCUUUCAUUCAUAUCUUUUAAAAAUAGUUGUUGAUUAAUUGAUUUUACUGUUAGAUUAGACAUAUGCAAAUACACGUAUGCAUACAUA